AUGGCGACACCGGAAUCAUGCAAGCAAGUCGAUGACACCUUUGGCCCUUAUGCAGAAGGCUGCCGCGGCGGGUUUGAUUUCACUUUACUGUUCGAAGAAAGCAUUCUAUCAAUCCUCCCCAUGGCCUUGCUGCUCAUCGUGGUACCUUUUCGAAUCUCAUACCUCUUUCGAAGAACGAUCAAAGUCGAUCCGAGUUCUUGGUUAGCGUCUAAACUGGUUCUCUAUGCAGUUCUCGGAGCGACGCAGCUCGCUCUCGUUGCGCUAUGGGCAAAGCCGACAGCUACCAAGACCACAGCAUCGGUAGCAGAUGCUGUCCUUAGCUCAGUGGGUGCUCUUGCAUUAGCGAUCCUCUCCUUCGUGGAGCACGAGCGCUCCAUCCGACCCUCCUUAGUAAUACAGUCCUAUUUGUCUUUGACUCUUCUGCUUGAUGCCGCUCGAGUCAGAACACUUUGGCUGCAAUCUUACAACAAUGCUGUCGCUGCUGUCACUACCGUUGCAUUUACACUCAAGUUUCUCCUCAUCAUAUGUGAGGCGGUCGAAAAACGCAGUAUCUUGCAUCCUGAAUGGAAGUCGACUUCGCCCGAAGCCACCAGCGGAUUACUUAGCCGAUCCGUUUUCUGGUGGCUCAACGGUCUUUUCCGAACUGGUUUCAAAAGGUCUCUCUCUAUGGAAGAUUUGCUUCCGCUCGACAAGCACCUAACAUGCGGCUACCUAUACGACAGACUACAGACAGCCUGGGUAAAUGUGCCGACCAAGGCUCCCCGGUCGCUUCUUUUUCUAUAUUUCGGCAGGCUCAAAUGGCGUCUUCUCUCAGCGGUUCCACCGCGCUUAGGCCUCAUCGCGUUCAAUUUUUGCCAACCGUUCUUGAUCCAACGCGCCAUCAGUUUCUCCUCGCGGUCCAAGUCCGAAGAUCCGAACAACGUAGGGUAUGGCCUGAUCGGCGCAUACUUUCUCGUGUACGCUGGCAUUGCCAUCACGACCGGCCAAUACCAGCACCUGACGUAUCGCGCAAUAACCAUGGCCAGAGGAGGGCUUGUCUCGAUGCUGUUCGCCAAGACAUCGUCAUUGAAAGCAAAUGCAGCUGAUCCUGCGACAUCACUUACUCUUAUGAGUGCUGAUAUCGAAAGGGUCACCAACGGAUGGCAGACAAUGCACGAGAUUUGGGCGAAUCCAAUUGAGAUUGCCCUUGCUAUCUACUUGCUGGAACGGCAGCUUGGAGCAGCUUGUGCUAUUCCAAUCGCAGUGGCCAUAGUUUCAUUGUUAGGCUCGCUAUUCGUCAUGAACUUGGUGGUGCAAAGACAGGCUCUCUGGCUCGAAGCUAUAGAGAGACGAAUCAGCGCCACCACAAAAAUGCUGGGCUCGAUGAAACGCAUCAAGAUGUGCGGCUUAGCCGACACUCUGUUCGAUAAUCUGCACAGCCUGAGGUUGCAAGAAUUAGAGAUCUCCAAAAGUUUCCGAAGACUACUAAUUGGAAGCAUGUUUUUCGCUUACACUACCCCUGUGAUUGCUCCCGUCCUGACUUUUAUGGUCUUUUCGCUCAUAGCUCUAAGGAGCAAUGGUAACAGCACCCUGGAUACUAGCAAAGUUUUCACGUCGCUUUCGCUGUUUGCGCUUCUCGCUGACCCUCUGUCCUCGCUGAUCAUGGCCAUGAGUGCUUUUGCCGGCUCUUUAGGCUGCUUUGGCCGCAUUCAAGUCUUUUUGGAUACGCCUGAACAUGUAGAUAAAAGGAUCAAGCCCUUUCAGUACGAAUCUGACAAUGGACAAAGCUCUCAAAGCGAUACCAGCGCCAGUGACAGUCUCAGAUGGACCGAGAAGUCCUCCCAGUCUCGCAUGACUUCCACCAAUGACAGAGGGAUCAUGUCUUUUCCAGGGUCUCAUGCCGACUUCAUGUGCGUAGAAGACGCUAGCUUCGGCUGGGAAACAGAGAAGGAAGCUCUGCUGUCGUCGAUCAAUUUGAGCAUUCCGCAAGGAAAGUUGACAAUGAUAGUGGGUCCUGUAGGCUGUGGCAAAACGAUACUGCUGAAAGCGCUCCUGGGCGAGGUCCCUGCGCUGUCCGGGACCAUCAAACUGUUUGCCGGUGACGUAUCCUACUGCGAUCAGUCACCUUUCCACAUGAACGGCACCGUACGGGACAGUAUCACCGCAUUUUCCGAGUACGAUGAUCGUUGGUACAACACUAUACUCGAGGCUUGUGCUCUGGACGAAGAUCUGCGUCAGAUGCCGUUGGGUGACCAGACACAAAUCGGAAGCAAGGGCAUCGCACUGAGUGGAGGCCAAUGCCAGAGGCUCGCAUUGGCUCGCGCUGCUUACUCACGACAUGACCUAUGCAUCCUCGAUGACGUACUCAGCGGUCUAGAUAUGGACACCGAACAGCGGGUCUUUCACAGUCUUUUCGGCCGGGAUGGGUUACUACGCCGCCAAGGUACCACCAGUAUCCUCGCUUCCUCCUCCAGCAGGCGAGUUCCCUUCGCAGAUCACAUAGUCGUCCUCGACGUGGACGGCAAACUAUCUGAACAGGGAAGCUUUAAGGAGCUCAAUUCAGCCGGCGGCUAUGUCUCAAGCUUUGAGCUGCAACCAGCGGAUUGGACUGUUCAAUCCACAGAGAUGACAAACCUAGAUCAAGUCUUAGCCAUGACCACUACGAGUAAAAUCGUCCAUCCCACAUUGCCACCAUCCAAAGAAGCGACAGAGACGAUAGAAUUCGAAGCCAACAAGCGAACCGGUGAUCUUGCCAUCUACACCUACUACGCGAGAUCUGUCGGUUGGUUUGCAGUGGUAACCUUCAUCGUCGCCAUGUGCGCUUACGUAUUCUGUAUCUCCUUUCCACAAGUCUGGCUUGGCUGGUGGGCGGCCGCAAAUGCUCAGCGCCCAAACCAAAAGCUAGGCUACUAUCUCGGCAUCUACGCUAUGCUCGGUGUGAUGGGCCUCAUCUCUCUAAUCAUCAGUUGCUGGCAGAUCAUCAUCACCAUGGUACCCCAAUCAGGCGAAAACUUCCACCAUCGACUGCUGAAAACGGUGCUCGCAGCUCCACUGACCUUUUUCUCUACGACCGACACCGGUGUUACGCUCAACCGAUUUUCGCAAGACCUCCAACUCAUUGAUAUGGAUCUUCCUCUUUCCGCACUGAAUUUCGUUGCAGCCUUCAUCCUCUGCAUCGCGCAGAUCAUCCUCAUCGGAAUCUCCUCAGUCUACGCCGCGAUAUCGUUCCCCGUCUGUUUUCUCUUCGUCUACUUGAUCCAAAAAUUCUACCUGCGCACCUCCCGUCAACUACGAUUCCUCGAUCUCGAAGCCAAAUCACCACUCUAUUCUCUAUUCAGCGAGACCAUCGCCGGGCUCACCACGAUCCGCGCAUUCGGCUGGCAACGUUCUCUAGAGGCGAAAAACCGCCACCUCCUGGACCAGUCGCAGCGACCAUUCUAUCUCCUCUUCUCCGUGCAGCGCUGGCUACAACUAGUGCUCGACCUUCUCGUCGCCGCAAUAGCCAUAAUGCUCAUGUCGCUCAUCACUGGCCUACGCGGUGUCCUCAGUGGCGCCUACGUCGGCAUCGCGCUCCUUAACGUAAUCCUCUUCAGCCAGACCCUAAAGCUCGUAUUGCAGUACUGGACGAUGCUCGAAACGCACAUUGGAGCCGUCAGCCGAAUCCGGAACUUCACCAGCACCACUAACCCUGAAGACACGUCCCAAGAGACCGCGGUACUGCCACCCGACUGGCCCGCCCAAGGCGCCAUCGAAUUCCACUCCGUAAGCGCAGGCUACGAGAGCAACCGCGCGGUCCUCAAUGAAGUCACGCUCUCCAUCCGAGGCGGCGAGAAGAUCGGAAUCUGCGGGCGCACCGGCAGCGGCAAAUCAUCUUUGAUACUGGCGCUCUUCCGGAUGCUAGAGUUGCGCGCGGGCAGUAUCACGAUUGACGGGCUGGACUUGAGCACCAUCCCGCGACACGAAGUGCGGUCCCGAAUCAUCGGGCUGCCGCAGGAUGUAUUCCUCCUGAAUGGGAGCGUGCGGCUGAACAUCGAUCCGUACGGGCGGGCUACGGACAAAGCAAUCAUUGCGGCUUUGCAGGAUGUAAGAUUGUGGGAGGGGAUACAGGGGAAAGGGGGCCUAGACGCCGAUAUCGAAGACGUGAAUCUCUCCCAUGGACAGAAGCAGCUUCUCUGUCUGGCUCAAGCGCUGUUGAGGCAGAGUUCUAUCCUCGUUCUCGACGAAGCCACAAGCAGUCUCGACGACGUAACCGACGCGCUGAUGCAGCGCAUCAUCCGGCAGAAAUUCUCCCGCCACACCAUCAUCGCCGUAGCGCACAAACUGGACACGAUCACCGAUUUCGACAAAGUGGCCGUCCUGGACAAGGGGACGCUGGUCGAGCUGGACAGUCCGUACAAGCUGCUGGCGCAGCCGUCGUCGGCAUUUAGUCAGUUGUACAGGAGCUCGGUCCCCGAUGGGGGGUGA